UGUUUUGAUGGUGGGAGAUUAUAUAAUAUAGGAAGCGUAUACUGGUUUUAUUCUUAAUAGGCCUGAACAAUUAUUUAAUAUAUUAUAAAUAUCAUUUGUUAUCAAUUCCCACCAACAGUGGCACCUGUGGGCAACAGAAAGCAAAACUGCCUUAAACAAUUAAAUUGCACCCACAUGCAAAAUCCCAAAUCUACAUCCAGUACCUUUUUUAGGCAUAAACAACAUCAAGUAAAGACAAGGUGCAGUUCAUAUACCAAAACAAGACUAAGGGUAGUAUAAUAUAUUAUCUGAAAGGUUAAUAUUUAAGUGUUGGGUCUGAAUGCAGCACUGCUCACUCUCUUUGGUUGCUGCAAAUAAAUAUAAAUACACCAGAUUAGAGAUGCAAGUAUGGGCAGAGGAAACAUGAGGUAUAGGUUGGUGUCAUGGGCCCCACUAAAAUGUCUUUGAUUUCAUGAAAGCCCUUAGUGAAAUAAAUGAUACUAACCCAGCAUUCUAAUUAGUCAUUAAAAAUUGCUGCAAUGAUGGUGGAGAUGGUGAUGAAGGAAAUAAUUUUAUUUUAUAUGCACAUUUAAAAAAAUAGGUGCACCCUUUUUAAUAGUUUCAUAAAUACACAACCUUUGUUAUAGACUGAAGGGAAAUGAAUUAGCUUGCCAAAAUAAAAAAAAUAUAAUUCAAAGAAAUAUAUAUAUAUAUAUAUAUAUAUAUUAUGUUACUGCCAAUGUUACUAAGAAGCCUAAUUAGUUAUUGUCAAAAGACUUAAAGAGAAUUAACCAAAUAAGACUACACAAUCACCCUGACCUUAUCACGUUUGUUUGCUGCACUUGGUGUGUAUAUAUAUAUUUCCGAAAUUCAGCUGCUCAAUAGAAGGUUUAUUUGGAUGGGACAGAAUAGCCAAGUCUAAUAAUUUCAUAGCUAUCCACUUUUGUUAGCAGACAAAGGUGAGAAGUUUGCAAGAUGUCCUUUCUCCAUACUUUCACUCUUUUUUGUGGUGUAUCAAUAAUAUCAAUCAAUGCCCAGAUGAGUAAGGAUCCCGCAUGCGCUCUCAUUUCAUGUGCAUCCACGGGAAAAGAGGGACCUCCAGGCAAAAAUGGAUUGCCAGGAGCUAAAGGAGAGAAAGGAGAGCGAGGACUGCAAGGACUAAGAGGUCCAGAGGGGCUACAAGGAACUCCGGGGCUAAUGGGGCCAAAAGGAGAACAGGGUCCACCAGGUCCAAAGGGUGACCGAGGAGAAAGUUCUGCUUCAGCAGUGGAAGCUGUUAAAAUCCAAAUAUCCUCACUAGAUGGACGGCUGAGUUCAUUGCAGUCUAGACUUGACACUCAGAGGAAAGCUUUUCUCUUUGCAAGCGGAACACGUAUUGGGAACACAUUUUAUGUGACGAAUAAACAAGAAGGAAAUUAUUUUGAAGGAAAAACUAUGUGCAACAAGGCUGGUGGUCAACUGCCUUCCCCAAAGAAUGCUGCUGAGAAUGAAGCUCUCGCUGUAUUAUCUGCACGCUACAAGAAGCAAUUUUUCUUAGGUAUAAAUGAUUUACAAUCAGAAGCCUUUUUUCUGUACCCAGACGGCACAACAAUUGGCUACGCUAACUGGGAGGCACGUGAACCCAAUAAUGACAAAGGUGUAGAAGACUGUGUUGAAAUGUAUAACACUGGAAAAUGGAAUGACAAAAGUUGUCAGGAGAUCCGUCUUAUUGUAUGUGAAUUUUCAUCCUAACUGAUGAACACACUGCAAAUUAUGCUAAUAAAAUGUAUCUAGCACUUGGUAGUACUUGGCAUCUUAUUGUUAAAAAUGUAAAUUAUCAAAUCUAGCAUUUAGGAAUACAAAUUUCUCUAACCAAAAUAAAUAAAGAAAACAGAUUUUAAAUGUA